AAUUCAACAGGUAACACUUUCUGCUUCUUUGAUUCUCACUGCUUCAUGUAUCAAUCAUCUUUUAUUUUUUUUUAUUAUUAUUCUUUUUCUAUUUUUAGCUUUUAUCUUUAAUGAACUUGUCUUUCCAAUGCUUUAAAACCCUAACUUGUCCUUUUUUUAAUUAUUUCUUUUCAAUAAUUAUUCUUACAUGUCUUAAUGUCAAUAAUACUGUUUCCUUUUAUUCAUUGCUGGAUGAUUUUGCAUCCCUUUUCUGUAUUUUUAUUAAAAUUUACUUCUUUUUUUUAUGAUUUAUUGAGGAAAAAAAAGAUUUUUUUAUUUUUUUUAGUUUUGAUUGAAUGUUUCAUGGAUUUGUGAUGAGAAUGAGCCAGAAGCUAGUAAUAUUUUGUAGUGGGUCUUGAGCAUAUUUCUGUGCUGUGCUUUCAACUGGGUUUGUGUAAACAUUCAACUACCAUGGCUACAAAUUCAGGAUGAGAGGAAGGUCUUGAUAUUUGCUUUGUAAUCGUUAGGUCACUCAUGUAGUAGAACCAGAAGUGCUUUUUAAUGGUUGAUUAUUGUUGAAAGUUUCACAUUAAUUUGAUGGGGCCUGGAAAUGCAAGUGGAAGGCAUCCUUCAACCUAUAAGUCGGUUUUAUAGAGUUCAGUUAGGCCCAACCCAAAUUUUAGAAAGUGUUGUGACACUUGAUCAUUGAUAACACGAACUAGUUAUUUGGUUGGAUAUAAAUGAGAUAAUAGAUCGAAGGUACAAUUAAGUUUUCUCGUUGGAACAUUCAGUUAUCAUGGGAUCAGUUUGUUGUGUUGCUGCAAAGGAUCAAACUAUUCCCAAUAGAACUGGAAGUGAAAGUUUUCACAGAAACCCCGUAUGUUCACCAUCAUUGAGUUUUCAAUGGGAUAGAUGGAGCCGUGUCGCUAGUGAAAUUGAUGAUCUUUCCUUUCGCACGCCUCAUAGAGUUAGCAGAAGUGUCAGCAUGGAGUUAAAGGGGUCGUUAAGUUCUGACAGAGGUAAUUUAUCAGAUGUGGGAAGCACCAUGGAGAAUUCUGUAACACCUAUGUCUCAGAAGUCCCCUAUUCAUGAGCAAUUAGGUGCAAGUCGGAUGAAUCUAUCUUCAGAUCUAUCCAUGUCAAGUAAUUGUUCUACAGCGGUGAAGAAUCCGACAGAAUCACCAGAUAUCGCAGAAUCUUCAAUACCGAAUAUUUCUUUCUCGAUACCUUCUUCUUUCUCAACACCUAUAAGUCGUAAUCUUAAUCAUCACAAUCUUCCUAGUUCAACACCAUCUAGAUGGGCUCAUCGAUCUCCAGGACACCCACUUUUGAGACAAAUUUCUGAUAGUCGAAUCCUGAAUCUGAAAUCACCUGACAACUCAAUUUCUGAGGGAAGGCCAUCAUUUGUACUGUCCACUUGCAGCAAUGAAAUGAUAACUGGAUCCCAAUGUGGGUCAUCUGAUGGCUGGUCUAUGCGCACCUUUUCUGAACUGGUGGCCUCAUCUCAAAAGGAGAGGUGGUCGUUUGAUAGCGAGCAUUUUGGUUCAGGUCGACACAAGAUAAGUGGAACUAGUAGUAGGUUCUCAUAUUCUCCCUCCAUGGAUUUACAAUCUUGUGGGGCCUGUGCCAAGCUAUUGACUGAGAAAACUGCAUGGAGCAGCCAGAAAUUUAUUUCCAACAACGACCUCUCGGUUGUUGCUGUAUUGGUCUGUGGUCAUGCAUAUCAUGCGGAAUGCUUGGAGACCAUGACAUCCGAAGCAGAUAGUUAUGAUCCAGCUUGUCCAAUUUGCAUGGUUGGAGAGAAGCACUUGUCAAUGUUGUCCAGAAAAAGUCUUAGGGCAGAAUCAGAAAUGAAGGCCAAGAACUACAAGAUAGCCCGAAACCGUGUAGUUGAUAGCUACUUUGAUGGUGGAUUAGAUGUUUAUGAUCGUCAAAAAAACAUAGUUUCGAAAUUGGAGGCUAGCUCCAGUUCAAGGAGUUCAUUAAGAAAACCCUUCUUGAAGAGGCAUUUUUCACUGGGAUCAAAGUGGAAUCGAUCCCUGUCUGAGAAUGAUUCUGCCAGGAAGAAGGGUUUUUGGGCGAGAUAUCGGAAAGAUUGAGAUUCCUUAGCCAUAGCUGUAGUUGCUGCAGCUCUCUAAUUAUAUUUGUAACACCAGCAAGUUAGGAUUUACUAUUACUAUGUUGACUAGCUUCACUAAUAAUUAUAGAUUUAUUUUCAUUA